AUAAUACGCAAGCUUUGAAUCUUUCGGCCUUGGGGAGCAUACAAAAACCAAACAUCGCGUAACUGUCUCUCUUUCUCUUCUCUCUUUAAAUCUUUAUUUCUGAAUACUGAUUCUUGGCGGCGGGUGUCUACGAACUAAAAGUGAAAGGGUCAAGAGGGUGAAAGCGAUGGGGAGUCCAGUGAAGUUUGAGGGUGUAAGCGAGGAUUUGCAGAAGAUUCUGGAUGCUGAAAUGGACCAUGUGGGCCCCAGGAGGCGAGCUCGUGAGGCCUUCAAGGACAUUCAGCUGUCAAUCGAUCACAUCUUGUUCAAGAUGCCUCAGGAAGGAUUGAAGACAAAAGAGUCAUACGAAGUUAAUUCCAGAGGGUUAGAAAUCUACUCGAAAAGUUGGCUUCCAGAUAGUGGUUCCCCCAAAGCUGUUAUUUGUUUCUGCCAUGGUUACGGGGAUACCUGCACAUUUUUCUUGGAAGGAGUUGCCACAAAGUUUGCAUCUUCUGGUUAUGGGGUUUUUGCCAUGGAUUACCCUGGAUUUGGUCUAUCAGAAGGUCUGCAUGGCUACAUCGAGAACUUUGAUAUACUAGUUGAAGACGUCAUUGAGCAUUACUCAAAGGUGAAAGAAGACCCAAAUCUCCACAAAUUACCGUUUUUUCUGUUCGGACAAUCUAUGGGGGGAGCAGUAGCACUCAAGGUGCACCUGAAGCAACCCGAUGCUUGGAAUGGUGCCAUUCUUGUUGCACCAAUGUGCAAGAUUGCAGAUGAUGUGGUUCCGCCUUGGUUAGUGACACAAAUUCUUAGUGGAAUGGCGAAAUUACUUCCGAAACUGAAGCUCGUUCCACAAAAGGAUUUGGCUGAGUUGGCAUUUAAGGAUGAAAGGAAGAGAAAACAGACAGCUUAUAACAUCGUUUCUUACAAGCAUAAACCACGCCUAGGAACAGCCUUGGAGUUGCUGAGGACUACGAAUGAGAUAGAGGAGAAUCUGGAAAAGGUAUCGUUGCCAAUACUGAUCUUGCACGGGAAGGAGGACAAAGUAACUGAUCCAUCAGUGAGUCAGGCUCUGUUCGAGAAGGCAAAUAGUCGAGACAAGAAACUCAAUCUAUACGCUGAUGCCUAUCACGCUCUUCUGGAGGGGGAGCCGGAUGAGACGAUUCUUCAAGUAUUGAGUGACAUCAUAUCUUGGCUUGAUCAACAUUGCAACUGCUAAGCUGGCAUGCUCAGCCCACUUAUUUAUCUCUGCGAAUUAUGCUUAUCAUUCACAAGUUAGAUAUUAAAGUCCCAUGAAUUUUUAGUUUUUUAAACUUGCAGUUGAGAAAUAAACUAGGUACAGAUGAUAAUGCCUGAUUGUUAUUGCAUUAGGCAUCAACUGUAAACUAGAUAAUUUAAGAUGCCAUAGUGUUUAUUUUUCUCCACACAAAUAUUUGUACAGGAAUGUGAUUCUUGAAUAAAACUCGGAUUUUGUUAAA